UGUCCAGCACUUCAGCGUUCAGCACCGCGGGCGGAGGAACAGCUCCCGAACAAAACCUCAUCAAACCACCGCAAAACCGCUUCAUCCCCAGCUCAUCCACAUCCACACGAACAACUGAUUGCCAUGUACGAUGGGGCGAGGAUUCCCUCCCCUGAGGAAGGUGCGAAUGGGGUCACCCUGCAGCCGGAGACCCCCGCGAAGGAGCCUGAGGAGGAGGCGGGUGAUCAGCCCAAGCCUGUCCUGGUGAAGAAGGCUCACCGUGAGAUCCUGGACCAUGAGAGGAAGAGAAGAGUGGAACUGAAAUGCAUGGAGCUACAGGAGAUGAUGGAGGAGCAGGGGUAUUCUGAAGAGGAGAUCAAACAGAAGGUGGGAACGUUUCGGCAGAUGCUGAUGGACAAGGAAGGUGUGAUAAUGCGAGAGGGCUCGAACCCACGACCACCGGUCAGAAUGCUUUCUCACGAGGAAGAAGAUCAUGUGGAAAACACAGAGUACGCUGAUGGCUAUCAGGAACAUUACGACUUGGGCGGAGAAUAUUAUGAACAUAAUUCAGCCGCUUAUGACGACGGCAGAUCCAAGAGAAAAUCCAGCAGUUCCCGCUCCCCUCGCCCAAAGAAGAGGAAGAAAAAGAAGACAAGAAAACACAGUCGAGCCGAGAGUUCAACAUCCCCCCGCAGAGACAAGAAGAAGAAAAACAGCAAGAAACACAAACGAGACAGGUCCACAUCCGUCUCCAGGAGAAAGAGGACACACAGGGCUGGCAGUCCCAAAAACAAACACAAAGAGAAGAACAAACAGAAGAAGAGGUCCUCGCUUGGGUCUCCCGGCAGGGUCGAUGAGCACAGAGGAAGCUGCUGUAGUUCUCGCAGUGGUUCGGUCUCGUCCACAGCCAGUGUCUCCAAAUCACCCAGCAGAUCAGACGAGAAGUGCAAGAAUGACAGACUCAAACAGGAAGGACAUCACAGCCCACCUUCCUCUCCAAAGACUGACCAGCCGAUCACGUGGCAGAAUGGCAACCACAGCGCCCGUGUCCGCAACGGAAAAGACUCAGAGGGGACUAAAGCCAACGAUAAACCUCGAGCGCUGGUCCCGUUGCCCUCCAGCUCGCAGGCGUUCGCGUCGCCUCAUCUGAGAUUCGCAAAACAGCACGCUGCCCUUCCCAAGAGUCCCGUGGCUGAAGACCCCUGCGGAGACACCAAACCGCUGUCCGAAUCGUCAGGGAGACGCAGUGGGCGACCGAGGGUUCGAGAGAAGACGACUCAUUCGCCGAUGCACAGCAGCGACUCGCAGCGUGAUCCCCACACGAAAACCAAGAAUCAGAAGAAGAAAGAAUCUCACUCAUCUAAGCGGCACCAUCGAGGCAGAGGUCACAACCGUCAUCGGAGUUCCUCCAUGUCUCCGGGUCGACACAAGCACACGUCCAGAAAGAAAAAGAGCAGAAGUCAUCGCAGCAGUUCCUGGAGCAGCGGAAGAUCGUCCUCGCGAGCUUAUUCUAGAGAACGCGACCCUAGCAAGAGCAAAUCGCCACACGUGCGGCAGAACAACUCCAGAGAGCGAGACAGCCCUCAUCAUUCGGAUGGAGAGAGAAGUCGCCGGCGAUCCCGCAGUUACUCUCCCAUCCGGAAGAGACGGAGAGACUCGCCCAGCUUCAUGGAGGCUCGCAGAAUCACCAGUGCACGGAAGCGGCCCAUCCCGUACUACCGGCCGAGCCCGUCCUCCUCCAGUUCCUCGAGCAGCUGCAGCAGUUCCAGUCGCAGCCGGAGUCGCAGUCGCAGUUACUGCAGCUACAGCAGUUACAGCAGCCACAGUCGCAGCAGGAGUCGAUCCAGCGCAGCACACAGUUCCUGCAGCCAAAGCAGCUAUGAGAGUCCUGGAUUCUGAUCGAACGCAAACUUCUCGCAGGAUGUCCACGUUUCCUUCGACCGCUUGAUCUGUCCUGAAGAAAAGCUGGUCCAGAUGGAACGACUGUACCUGACUGUGAAACGUUUUCAGGUUGGAAACCUCUUUGUUCAGACACUGGAGAUUUUUGUUGGCAUAUCGCACCUUAAAAUCUGAUCUGAAAACUGUAUAGCCCGGUGUGAGCAAAGCCUGAGAAACCACUUUUCUGGAAAUAAUUAAACGCAAAAUAUUUAGCAUCUCGUAUACAUGCACAGGUUUAUAACGAUUCAAAAUUCACAUGUCACAAAAUGUCCAGCAUUAGCUGAAGUUUCUAUCUCCAGUUUCAGAAACACACACUAAUGCAAACAGAUCUGACGUCUAUAUUUACAGACUUUUACGCCUAAAGAACAAAGGUGAAAGAAGCACUUUUUCUGAAAAUCUUCCACAAUACAAAAGUAACCAAAAAGCUGAUUUAACAUGACUAUGAAGUUAUGAAGCAAUUUAUGAGGGAUAAGUACAGAAUCUGAAGAGACAGAUUCAAUAAGAACAAAAUAUUACAGGUGACUGUGUUUUAUUAUUAUUAUUAUAAAAAACCUCUCAUAUUUCAUCUUGAAAUCAACAGAAAACAAUUACAUUAUGCAUAGAGACAAUGAAGACUUAAGAUUGUUUUGGACCGUGACAAUAUUUUCCGUGACAUUAUUUUCUUGACAGUAUUUUCUAGAUACAUUAUUCUUCGCAGGGAAAAUAAAAUGUCACAAUCUUAAAGGUCUACUUCAUUUUCUUUCUGCAAAAUAUAAUUUCCUAAUUUUGUCGUUUGAUUAUGCUGUGAAAUGUGACUCGGACAUUAUUUUCAUGUACUCUGUAGUUUUUAAAAUUGAUCUGCCUUUUCUUAAAACGUUGUAUUAUAAAAACUGUAUGUUGGGUUUUAGUUUCAAUAUUAACGCUGGAAGUUUUGGCUGUAAACUAUGCACUGUAUUCCAUGUUAUAUACCGGAUUACACCAGGCAUUUUUAUGUGAAAUCUUGGCAUGAUGCAGCGGAGAGACUUCCCGUCAAACGUCAAACUAACCUUUCCUUUACUUUUGGAUCUUUUGGAAAAAUCCAUAUCUGAUGCACCUAUAAUGCGAGUCCUUUUUGGAGAUGUGAUAUUUCUCAUGAUAUACAGUAUUCCACUUAUAUUUUGUCUGUGUGUUGUUAAAUACUGUUAGAGCUGAGUCAUAUAGCCACUUACCGUAUGUACAGAGAUCUCUGUUUUUUUAAUUCUUGUUUCUAGUGUAGGCACACUUACCCUGAAACCAGACUGCAAAAAUACACACGCACAUGAUCUUUUCAACAUAUUUAUUAACUGUAUUUUAUUUAUUCUCUGAUUUAUACGUUGCUAUUUAUUUAAUGUGAUUGCUAUUUAUUUUUAUGUCCAUUGCAUAUUUAUUUAAUUACUUUUUAAAAACAUACAAAUAAUAACAAAAUACAUUUUAUGUGCAUGUAAUGCACAUUUGCAAAAUGUGUUAAAAUAAAUAAAAUACGUCAGAAUAUGACACUUGUGGUACAAUUCUAGGCACAUUUUAUUGCUUAUGGAAGGCUUUUGCAACUUUAAAACUCUGUGUGAAAUCUAAAUUGACCCUAUAUAUUUUUCUGAUCUUGUUGUAAACAAUUUAUCAUUGCAUGCCAUUGCAAUUUAAAAAAAAGAGUCUAAUCUUCCAUCAGAAUGUAAUACUUGGUAUGCCUGUAAAGUCACUUGGCCCUGUUACUUUAACAGUCCACGACUCCAUUCUGACAUAUGAUUGAUAAAAUCAAGCUGUUACUCAGAAAUACAGCUUCCCAUGUCAAAUGGCUUGCUGAAACAUUUCACAUUGACUGUAAAUUGAUAAGCAAAAUGAAUUAUGAAAAAAAUUACAGAUUAUUUUGCAGGUUGUUACUGAACCUUGUUUUACGGGUUUGCAUUUUGUGCAAAUAUGUAUCUUAAUUUAUUCUCCCUUUCUUUUGUCCUGUGGAAACUGAGUGGACGAUCAGUUAUUUUUAGUCAUGUUUUCCCGUGAGUUUUGGCAAGAGCUUUUUUAAAAGGAACUGAAUGCAGGCGCAGCGUUUACCCAUGUGGCUUCUACAGCUGAACUUUGACCUUGUGAUGCGGGAAAUAGCGUCCGUCUUCCGUUUCGAGCGUCUCUCCUCAGUGUUAUACGAUGUUCCUUUAAUAAUGUGAGUUGGAUCAGCUUUAACGGCUGGAUUGUAAAAAAGUCAGUAGAUUUAGUGUAUGACUCAUAUUUAAACACAUAAUAAAACUAUUUACAAACAGA